ACUCAGAUAUCAUACACUUCGGGCACAACGGGACCGCCGAAAGGGAUUGAGAUGACUGGCGCUCAGUUGGUCAGAGCGGGAGUGUCCACAUCGGCGGCGAUGGAGAAGUUCUUCGACGAGCCCGAGAAGCACAUGUAUAUCGCAUAUCUGCCGCAAUCACACUCUCUGGAGCUGUCCAUUGAGAACUACGCGUUCAUCGGUGGCGUUCCCAUCGGAUUCGGGUCGCCCUUCACGCUGAACGAGUCGGCGCCCGGUUUGGCCGACGGCGAGUGUUGCGAUUUGAAACUACUGCGACCGACGAUCAUGAUCACUGUGCCAUUGGUGUUGGACCGGAUGCGCAAAGAGAUUUACCACAAACUGCGGGCCCGCACACCGGUAUCGGCGCCCAUAUUCACGUAUCUGACCGAUUAUAAGCACCGGUGGUCUGCGCGCGGCUACGACUCGCCGAUCGUCAAUCGGGUCGUGUGUCCGAAAGUGAGGGUACAGUUUGGCGGCCGACUCGAGCACAUGGUUGUGGGCGGCGCCGCCCUAUCGCCAGACCUGCAGCGGUUGAUUAAGUCGGCGCUCGACAUAACGCUAGUCCAGGGCUACGGCACGACCGAAACGUUUGGCGCCGUACUCUGUAUGGACGACACAGACCUGUCGACCGGCCGGUGCGGCGCCCCUCUCAAGGAUAUACAAAUUCGUUUGGAUGACUGGCCCGACGGUGGCUAUCGGGCCACCGAUAAGCCCCACCCGAGGGGUGAGUUGAUUGUGGGCGGGUAUGGAGUGGCGACCGGUUAUUAUAAUAAUAAGUGGUUGACUGACGAGUCGUUCACCGGCGGCACCGCUGAUGGCAUGCGUUGGUUCAGGACUGGAGAUAUCGGCGAAGUGUUUACCGACGGCUCCUUUAAAAUCAUUGAUCGUAAGAAGGAUUUAAUCAAACUCUCAAACGGAGAGUAUUUUUCAUUGGGAAAAAUCGAGUCGUGUCUGAAGAACUGCUUAUAUGUGGACAACAUAUGUAUAAUUGGAGACAAAUUCUGCAAUUAUUUAAUAGCAUUAGUGAUACCAAACCGUAAAUCUCUCGCCUCAUUAGCUAAUGAUUUGCAGUUAUCUCAUGUGACACACGAAGAGCUCUGCAAAAGUCCGCAAAUCACGUGUUGUGUCCACAAAGACAUUGUCGACUCUGGCCUUCAUUACAAACUCAAACGCAUAGAAAUACCGACAAAAAUCAUGAUCUGUGCCGAAGAGUGGACGCCAGACAACGGUAUGUUAACCGCUGCCAUGAAACUCAAGAGGAAUAAUAUC